AUGGAGAAACUCAAGCCCGCAAAAAAGAAGAUCCUCCUGAUGGGCAAGUCCGGCUCCGGGAAAUCCUCAAUGCGCAGCAUAAUCUUCAGCAACGUCGUUGCCAAAGAUGUUCGGCGUCUAGGUGCAACAAUUGACGUGGAGCAUGCGCAAUUCAAGUUUCUCGGAAAUCUGAUCCUAAACCUCUGGGACUGCGGCGGCCAGGAUGCCUUCACAGAAACCUACCUGACAUCCCAGAAAUCCCACGUCUUCAGCGACGUUGGGGUAAUGAUCUACGUCUUCGACACCGAAUCGCGGCACUUCACCGGCCGCGGUGACGGCGGAGCUGACAUGUCCGUCUAUAAAGAGAUAAUUGACGCCCUCGCCUCCUAUUCUCCCUCCGCGCACGUGUUCUGCCUCAUUCACAAAAUGGAUCUGGUGCCAUCAGAUCGAAGGCAAGAAUUUCAAGAUAUGAAAGAGGGCCUGAUCGAAAAGUUCACUCCCAAGGAAUUUCGAGGAAGAGGUAGAAUGAGGGUCUACGGCACCAGCAUUUGGGACCAAACCCUCUAUGCUGCAUGGGGAGAUAUCGUGCAGUGCCUCACCCCAAACCUGAAGCUCAUGGAAAAUUAUCUGCGCAAGCUAGCGCAGGCGACUAGGGCGGAAGAGAUUGUGUUGUUCGAACGAGCAACAUUCUUACGGGUCGUCAAUAUUACGACGGAAGUGGGCGAGGAGAAUCCGUACUCGGAUAGAUUUGAGAGAUUGAGUAAUUUGAUCAAGACUUUCAAGCAUAGCUUGCAGGGUUAUACAGGCCAGAAUAGCAGUCAUCCAUUUGGGGAGUUCACGAUUAGUUGUCCAAGGUUCAAUCUCGUAUUGAGCCGGUUGACGAACAAUACGUACGUGCUCGUGGUCUUGCCGCCAGGGGAGACCGAUUUGGUCAAUACCAGAUUGAACAUUAUGGGGGUUAGGGAUGGAUUGGUCGAAUUAGAGAGGCCCGGAUGA